AGGCGGGCGGCCGCGGCCGGGCGGGUAGAGCGGGUGGCGGCGGGCCGCGGCGCGGGGCCGCCAUGGGCUCCCAGGUGCUGCAGAUCCUGCGCCAGGGCGUGUGGGCGGCGCUGAGCGGCGGCUGGUACCAGGACCCGCACCAGGGCGCGGGCGUCAACGCGCUACACCUCUACCUGUGGCUCUUCCUGCUCGGCUUCCCCUUCACCCUCUACAUGGCCCUUCCUUCUUCCAUGGCGAUAGUAGCAGUCUAUUGUCCAGUGAUAGCAGCUCUCUUCAUUGUUCUGAAGAUGGUGAACUACCGAUUGCAUAGAGCGCUGGAUGAGGGGGAGAUUGUGGAGAGGAAUGCCAAUGAACGUAUGGACAAAGGAGCAAAGUCAGGACAAGGCAGUGCAUCCACCAGGAGAAAGGAUAGCAAUGGGCCCAGUGACCCUGGUGGAGGGAUUGAGAUGUCAGAGUUCAUCCGAGAAGCAACCCCCCCUGUUGGUUGCAGUUCUCGUAAUUCUUAUGCUGGAGUAGAUCCAAACAACCAGAUUGGAUCUGGAUUGUCUCGUCUUGGAACAGCAGCAACCAUGAAAGGAGAUACUGACACUGCGAAGACUUCUGAUGAUAUCAGUUUAAGUCUUGGCCAGAGUUCUAGCCUGUGUAAAGAAGGAAGUGAAGAACAAGAUUUGGCAGCUGAUCGGAAGCUUUUUCGUCUGAUGUCCAAUGACUCCUUUGUCUCCAUCCAGCCCUCGUUAUCUUCUGGACAGGAUUUGCUAAGGGAAAAUAGUGACAAAGUGUGCCUCUCAAACAACCAUCAUUUGGAUCAGUCCAUGUCUAAUGCAAGUGAUACAGAAGUGGCUUCUCUUGUACCUUUACAUUCACACUCCUAUAAUAGAAAAGAUCAUAGACCACGGGGUGUGCCAAGGACCUCUAGCUCUGCUGUUGCUUUUCCAGACGCUUCUCUAAACGACUUCCCUCUUUAUCAGCAAAGACGAGGGCUAGAUCCAGUCAGUGAGUUAGAAGCUUCCAAACCUCAUUCUGGAUCCAAAGAAUCCUUAGUUGAGAACUCUUGUAUACCAGGAGUCUUUCAGUUGGAUGACGUUUUGAAAAGUAGCAGUCCGCAGCAAGCGGCCAAGAAUGGAAAGAGUAAAUCCUUGAAAACAGACAAAAGUGUAGACAGUCUGAGAAGCCUGAGCACUAGAAGCAGUGGUUCAACAGAAAGCUACUGUAGUGGAACUGAUCGUGAUACUAACAGUACUGUUAGCAGCUACAAAAGUGAGCAGACUAGCUCAACUCAUAUAGAAAGUGUGUUGUCAGAGCAUGAGGAAGAGUGUCCUAGAGAAGAGAACGGCAUCAAGAAAAAGGACUGUUGUGUUGAUUCGGAGGAUGAUAGUAGCUCUGCUACUGACAAAAGGACUAGUAGCGAAAGGACAGCUGUGGAAGUGAGCACUAAUAGUGGUGUUCAGGAGGCAAACGGUUCUAACACAUCUGAUGAGAUGCACAGUCAAAGGGGUCUUAGUGCCUCUGCUUCAGAAGAGGCCAAUAAGAACCCACAUGCCAAUGAACUGACUACACAAGUAGAAAAGCCCCCUGGAAAAGCUACUGAAAAAAAAGAUGAGCAGUCUGAAAAACUAGCUGUCUUGGUAGGCUCGAGAACUUGUAAAGAAAUAGGUGGGAAACAAAAGGAAGGAGAUGUACGACCCAAAUCAUCUAGUUUAAUUCACCGGACAACCUCUACUCAUAAAUCCAGCAGGAGAAGGACAGGAAAAAAGCGGGCUAGUAGUUUUGACUCAAGUCGGCAUAGGGAAUAUGUUUCCUUUCGAGGUGUAUCUGGUACUAAACCCCACAGUGCUGUAUUUUGUCAUGAUGAGGACUCGAGUGAUCAAAGUGACUUGAGUAGGACCUCAAGCAUGCAAUCAGCCCACCAGUUCAGCAGUGAUAGCUCUUCCAGCACCACCUCCCAUUCAUGUCAGUCUCCUGAGGGAAAAUACAGUGCUCUAAAGACCAAAUACAUUGCUAAAGAACGGGGAAGCACAGACUCUGAAAACACACACAAAGCUCACUUAGGGCCUGAAGGAAUUAGCAAAAAACGUUCAACACGUCGGACUUCUGGCACAAACAGUGCCAAGAACCGUGCCAGAGUAUUAAGCCUGGACAGUAGUACUGUGGCCUGUUUAAAUGACCCAAAUAGCUUGAUGGCACCAGGUAACAUAAAACAGUUAACCACUUCAAAAUCAGAUUUGGAAGCCAAAGAGGGAGAGGUGCUAGAUGAGCUAUCUCUUUUGGGAAGGGCUUCACAUCUUGAGUCAGUCACUCGAUCUAGGAAUAGCUUACCAAGCCAGGCUACAUUCCCUGAAGGGGAAGAGCAAGAACCAGCAAGUGGAGCAGUACAAACCAGUGAGGAGACUGUCACAUUUCGCCGUGAACGCAGCACAUUUAGGCGUCAGGCAGUCCGGCGCCGGCACAAUGCAGGGAGUAACCCCACCCCUCCUACCUUGCUCAUCGGAUCACCCCUCAGCCUUCAAGAUGGUCAGCAAGGCCAGCAGUCCACAACCCAGGUCAAAGUCCAGUCCCGCCCCCCUUCCCAGGCAGCUGUGCUCAGCGCUAGCGCCUCCUUGCUGGUGAGAAAUGGGAGUGUCCACUUAGAAGCAUCACAUGACAAUGCAUCUGCUGUAGGCGGUAGCAGUUUGCACGAUGAACUUGGUAAGUUCAGUUCUACACUCUACGAGACAGGGGGCUGCGACAUGUCACUUGUGAAUUUUGAGCCAGCUGCAAGAAGAUCAUCCAACAUCUGUGACACGGACUCUCAUGUAUCGAGUUCUACCUCAGUUCGCUUUUACCCACAUGAUCUACUUUCUCUUCCUCAGAUCAGGUUGAACAGGCUGCUAACCAUAGAUACAGAUCUACUGGAACAGCAAGACAUUGACCUAAGCCCUGACCUACAGGACCACAUGCAGCCUCAAGAGGAAGCAAACCAGAAAGUUAAACAAUACUAUCGCUUUUGGAUCCUGCCCAAGCUGUGGAUCAGCAUCAAUUUUGAUCGGCUAACCCUGUUGGCUUUGUUUGAUAGGAAUCGGGAGAUUCUUGAAAAUGUGUUGGCUGUUGUCCUAGCUAUUUUGGUUGCUUUCCUGGGCUCUAUACUCCUUAUAGAGGGCUUCUUCAAGGAUAUCUGGGUCUUCCAAUUCUGCCUGGUGAUAGCCAGCUGUCAAUACUCGCUCCUUAAGAGUGUUCAGCCCGAUUCUUCUUCCCCUCGACACGGUCACAACCGUAUCAUAGCCUAUAGUAGGCCUGUUUACUUCUGUUUGUGUUGCGGUCUUAUUUGGCUAUUGGAUUAUGGCAGCAGAAACACUUCUACAACAAGGUUCAGGUUGUAUGGAAUGGCUUUCACCAACCCAUUGCUGCUGUUGUCAGCCAGGGACUUAAUUAUAGUGUUUACGCUAUGUUUCCCUAUAGUAUUCUUCAUUGGUCUCCUGCCUCAGGUGAAUACUUUUGUAAUGUAUCUCUGUGAACAGCUGGAUAUACAUGUCUUCGGUGGCAAUGCUACCACAAGCCUGCUUGCAGCACUUUACAGUUUUAUCUGUAGUAUUGUGGCAGUAGCAUUAUUAUAUGGAUUGUGUUAUGGCGCCUUGAAGGAUUCUUGGGAUGGCCAACAUAUUCCUGUUCUCUUCUCAAUAUUCUGUGGUUUGUUAGUGGCAAUAUCCUAUCAUCUCAGCAGACAAAGUAGUGACCCUUCUGUACUUUUUUCUUUAGUACAAUCAAAAAUGUUUCCUAAUUCUGAAGACAAGAACCCAGAGGAUCCUCUCUCUGAAGUGAAAGAUCCUUUACCUGAAAAACUUAGAAAUUCAGUGAGUGAACGGUUGCAAUCUGACCUGAUUGUGUGUGUAGUCAUUGGUGUACUCUAUUUUGCGAUUCAUGUCAGCACAGUUUUCACAGUCCUGCAGCCUGUUCUGAGCUACGUUCUCUAUGCUUUGGUGGGCUCAGUAGGUUUUGUAACCCAUUAUGUGCUGCCUCAACUCCGAAAACAGCUUCCUUGGCACUGUUUCUCCCACCCACUGUUGAAAACAAAGGAGUAUUAUCAAUUUGAAGUCCGCAAUGCAGCACAUGUAAUGUGGUUUGAAAAACUUCACAUUUGGCUUCUUUUUGUGGAGAAGAAUAUUAUCUACCCACUGAUAGUCCUCAAUGAGCUCAGCAGCAGUGCCAAGACUAUUGCUACUCCAAAGAAACUGGAUACUGAGUUGGGUGCAUUAAUGAUCACCAUAGCUGGCUUGAAGUUGCUGCGUUCCUCUUUCAGUAGCCCAACCUGUCAGUAUGUCACAGUUGUUUUCACAGUGCUCUUCUUUACAUUUGACUACAAAAGUUUCUCUGAGACCAUGCUGCUAGACCUCUUCUUCAUGUCUAUACUCUUCAGCAAGCUUUGGGAACUCUUUUAUAAACUGAGAUUUGUGUAUACUUACAUUGCGCCUUGGCAAAUCACAUGGGGUUCUGCUUUCCAUGCUUUUGCCCAGCCAUUUGCUGUGCCACAUUCUACAAUGUUGUUUGUCCAAGCAGCUGUAUCGGCUUUCUUCUCCACUCCGCUCAACCCUUUCCUGGGAAGUGCAAUAUUCAUCACUUCAUAUGCCAGACCUGUCAAAUUCUGGGAGAGAGACUACAACACAAAACGUGUGGACCAUUCAAACACAAGACUGGCUUCCCAACUUGAUAGAAAUCCAGGUUCAGAUGAUAACAACCUGAAUUCAAUCUUCUAUGAGCAUUUAACCCGUUCCCUUCAGCACAGCCUGUGUGGUGACCUUCUGCUUGGACGUUGGGGAAACUACAGUACUGGAGACUGCUUCAUCCUAGCAUCUGACUACCUCAAUGCACUAGUACACCUUAUAGAGAUAGGAAAUGGCCUGGUGACCUUCCAACUGAGGGGGCUUGAAUUCAGAGGAACUUACUGUCAGCAGCGUGAAGUAGAGGCUAUUACUGAAGGGGUAGAAGAAGACGAAGGCUUUUGUUGCUGUGAACCUGGUCACCUUCCUCAUAUGCUUUCUUUCAAUGCUGCCUUUGGCCAACGUUGGCUGGCAUGGGAGGUGCUAGUGACAAAGUACGUUCUGGAGGGCUACAGCAUCACGGACAACAGUGCUGCUUCCAUGCUUCAAGUCUUUGAUCUUCGGAAAAUUCUCACCACUUACUAUGUCAAGGGCAUUAUCUAUUAUGUCACAGCCUCCCCCAAGCUAGAGGAAUGGUUGGCUAAUGAAACAAUGCAGGAAGGACUACGACUGUGUGCAGACCGCAACUAUGUUGAUGUAGAUCCUACGUUUAAUCCUAAUAUUGAUGAAGAUUAUGACCAUCGUCUAGCAGGUAUCUCCCGAGAGAGCUUUUGUGUGAUUUACCUCAACUGGAUAGAGUACUGCUGCUCUCGAAGAGAAAAGCCACUGGAUGCAAGUAAAGACUCAUCCCUGGUGACUCUUUGUUAUGGACUUUGCGUUCUGGGGCGGAGGGCGUUGGGGACGGCUUCUCAUCACAUGUCUAGUAAUUUGGAAUCCUUCCUGUAUGGGCUACAUGCCCUGUUUAAAGGUGACUUUCGUAUUUCUUCAAUCCGAGAUGAAUGGAUCUUUGCUGACAUGGAAUUACUGAGGAAAGUGGUAGUUCCUGGAAUACGCAUGUCACUUAAACUGCAUCAGGAUCACUUCACUUCCCCAGAUGAAUAUGAUGACCCUUCUAUCCUCUAUGAAGCCAUAACCUCCCAUGAGCAAAAUCUGGUUAUAGCACAUGAAGGAGACCCUGCAUGGAGGAGUGCUGUCCUUUCCAAUUCUCCCUCCCUGCUUGCCCUCCGCCAUGUGAUGGAUGAUGGAACCAAUGAAUAUAAAAUCAUUAUGCUGAACAAGCGCUAUCUUAGUUUCAGAGUCAUUAAGGUAAAUAAGGAAUGUGUACGUGGCCUCUGGGCAGGACAGCAGCAAGAACUUGUCUUUCUGCGCAACCGUAAUCCAGAGAGAGGAAGUAUUCAAAAUGCAAAGCAGGCUUUGAGGAAUAUGAUCAACUCAUCCUGUGAUCAGCCCAUUGGAUACCCAAUCUAUGUGUCACCUUUGACUACUUCUUAUUCAGAUAGCCAUGAUCAGCUUAAGGAGAUUCUUGGGGGAGCUAUCAGUUUAGGAAAUAUCAGGAACUUCAUAGUGUCAACAUGGCAUAGGUUGAGGAAAGGCUGUGGAGCUGGCUGCAACAGUGGUGGAAACAUUGAAGAUUCAGAUGCUGUAGGUGGGCCUUCCUGCACAAGUAACAACGCAGCUGUCAAUGAGUCAACACAGAGCAGCGUGUCACAAGGUGGAGGAAGUGUAGUUACAGGACAGGGACCUGCAGCAGGACUCCAGCCUCCUGUUGCAUUUCACCCCCCGACGCUAGGCACCAGUCACAGCUCUCACUCUGUGCAGUCAAGUCUUGUCAGACAUUCCCCUGCCCGUGCCUCAGUUGCCAGCCAUUCAUCUUAUUGCUACAGCAGUCGUCAUUCAUCCCUUCGUACAUCCACUACAGGCUUUGUGCCUUGCCGACGCUCUUCCACUAGUCAGAUAUCCCUCCGCAAUCUCCCAUCGUCCAUCCAGUCCCGCCUGUCAAUGGUGAACCAGAUGGAACCCACUAGCCAGACUGGCAUUGUCAGCGUGCAGCAUGGCCUACCCUCUUCCAGCAGUUCCAGCCAAAGUAUCCCAGCCUGUAAACAACAUGCCCUUGUGGGCUUUCUGGGGACAGAAGGAGGGAAUAAUGUGAUUGAUGCACAGUCAGGCAGUAAUGCAAGCCCUGCAAGCCACAUGCAAGCCAAAAGAGAUGAAGUUAUUUACAGAAUUCAGAUAAUGGAUCCCAGCCAAGUACUGGAAGGGAUCAACAUGUCAAAGAGGAAGGAGCUGCAGUGGCCAGAUGAGGUGAUACGGCUAAAAGCUGGGAGAAACAGCUGGAAAGACUGGAGUCCUCAGGAAGGCAUGGAAGGCCAUGUGAUUCACCGCUGGGUGCCUUGCAGCAGAGAUCCAGGUAGUAGGUCCCACAUAGACAAAACCAUCCUGCUCGUCCAGAUUGAAGAUAAGUAUGUUGCUGUGGUUGAAACUGGAGUCCUCGAACUUGGGGCCGAAGUGUGAGUCACACUGACAGUUAAGCUUCCCCUUCUCCAAGGAGUCAGAAAAGAGGACGGGUCACGAGAAGAGGCUCCCAGGACACGACGCUUCGGUCCAGUUGUAGGAAAUGACUUAAAAACAGACAGGGCUUGUAAAAGUCCCUUCCCCCGAAAUACACAAGCGUGACAGGUUUCUUUAAGUUAUUAGCUGCUGAGGAAACACUUGCAUGAAGGUUAGAUUUGAGACAUAUCUUUUAUUUUUAAAAUUUGUUUUAUGCAUUGCAUAAUGCUUUAAAUCGGCAAACUUCCAUUCUACAAUUGGAGCACCUCGUUUUUCUAAUUGUUUUGCCAAAAAAUUACCAUACUUUAUCAGUAUGUAGUCUGUUCACCUUAUUUUAAAGAAAUGGAGUAGCAUACAAACCUUAAGUUUGGUGUAAAGCAGUAGAGAGGUUUUAUGUAUGACAAAAAGAGACUGAACAGAUGUAUAGAUUCUUAUUCCUUGUGAGCUAAAAACAUUAAUGAGAGAACUGCACUAAUUUUUUUACAGCGAUGCACUAAGAACAAAAAACCUGAGAUUGCUCAGAACAUUUAUUUAUAUAUAUAAAUAAAGUACCAUUAUUUAAAUUGCCUUUGGGAUUAAUCCCCUCCCUCUCCAUAUAUGUGUUGAUGGGUAAGGGCUGUGCCAUGGGUUCUGUUUGGUUUAAUAGUCUGUAAUUCGUACAAGUGCAUUUGUUGCAUCCUUUUCACAAUAAAUGGAAAAAUACCAAAUAUCUAGUAAUGCACCCAAGUAUCCCUGUACUAUAUAGAUAUAUUUUGGUGGUGGUAUAUCCGCUUUGUACAACAUAUCCAGCUUUAAAGUGGACCCAAAUGUACUUUGUUGAAUCCUACUCCUUCCUUUACACAGCCUUGGCUAUUGUACAUCUUCUGUACCCAGAGCUAGCUAUGUUAUCUCAAUGGCUCAUCUCUGGAAGAGACACUUGCCUUUCUGAGGGAGGUAGAGAUCCAUGCUUCACAUCUACUUUGUGGGAUCUUGAAGGUUUCCACAUUCAGUUCAGUUAACUAACUUGACUUUUCUUUUUUGUUUCAAGGAGCUUAUAUAGGAGGCACAGCCCUGAACUGUUAUAUCACUUUUACCAUUUCGCCUUUUAUUCCCCUGUAGUCUUCAUUCUUUUCUAUGACUUGAAUUUUAUUUUCUGUGAUUAUAUAUUCUAUGUAAGUGUAAUUUGAGUAUUUAUAACUGUGAAGUUGAAUUAUUCAUGUGUUGCAUAUCCUAGGUUUUACUGUGUUUUUUAAAUGUGUAUAUUCAGGGAAACAAGUAACUCGAGUUUAUCCUGGAGUGUGAGGGGAAAACUGCAGUUUAUUUAACUUGCAGCUCCUAUGACUCGCUUCUCUUAAUCCAUGAGAGAAAUUUACAUGUCGUGAUUGUUUCCUGUUUCUGAUCUGUAAUUACCUAGGGCUCUGCACACAGUCCUAGCUUUUGGGAGCAGCCAUCUUUCUCUUCCAGAUCACCUCUACUUCUUCCUAAGUAACGUAACUGGAGAGACUUUUAUAGCCGGUUGUCGGGCAUAUGUUGCAUUAGUUUCUCUGCCAACAGUGAAGUCUAGUUCCACUACAUACAUACUUGCAAUAGUGAAGUUAUAUGGGAUGUGGGAAAUAUGGAAAGCAAUUGUCUACUGCAAAGAAUUACUGAAAUGAUGACCCAAGUCACCAUAUUUUUUUUAAGUGUGAAAGCCCCCUUCCCAUGCCUGGUGUCCAGUUAAUAGUGAUUACUGUUCAGUGUUUUGUAUGAGGGUUCUGCUUACAUUGUACACUAUGCAAAGCCUGUACUAAGUACCGUGCGUUUUACAAUUGCAUAUUGUGCAGUUUCUGUAUACGCAGUCACAUUUGAUCUUAGCAUCAACACACAAUUCUUGGUGUACCACCUUGGAAAUAUUUUUUGCUUUUCCAAAUAGCUUAUCACUUGGGCACAUUACAGUGUAAUUAAACUCGUCUCUUACCUAUCUGAAAACAUCAUUUCAGUAGGUGACUGAAUUGGUAGUUUUUGCUGUCAAGACUGAAGAAAAUGUGUUUGUUUUGUGUUGAAGCUACAUAAAUGGCCUAGCCUCUAUGUCCCUCCCCUUCUGGUAGCUACAAAAUGCAUUUUCUUUAUGACUUAGAAUGUUAUUUCACAAAGGUUAUGAGGAAUAAGCAACCUCUCUAGAAACAGGCCACAGGUUUGAUAUAUUACUUAUAAGAACUUUGUUCUUCCAGAGCCUCCAGAUAAUCAAAUAAUUUAAAUAGUGAAGCAAGUACGUAGAUGUCAUUUUAAAAUACCAGACCCUAAAGGAAGCAACACUUCAAAUACAUUAGAGCUGGAUUUGAUGCGCAGCCUUUUUUUCUAAUUCUCCUUUAGCCAAGUCUGUCAUUGGUAGUGAACAUCAUAGAAAAUGACUUGAGGAUACAUAAAAUACUAUGUAAAUAUUUCUUGGCUAGAGUUGGAUUAAGGCUUUAGAAGACUAAAGUUCUUUAGGAGGAAGUAGGAUUUCUUAAAGGGUAAAAAUGACUUUUUAUUUUAAGGCUUCCAUUGUAUUGACAUUUGGGGGCAGCUGAUGUCUUGGUCACUUAAUUAAAAAAACAUGUUACUAACUGUCUGGUGCAAAGUCAUUCAAAUAGCUGCAUUCACCUGCCCCAGGAGUGCUCAGUAGAAGAUGGCUAAUUGCCAUUUCACUCUUCUGUGAGAUUUUGGAGAUUUUGCUUACCAUUCCUUAUGCCAAUUACUUGGAUAGAGAAUCCAUAAAUUCUGAAAGUUACAUUUGACUAUUAGUCUGUUCAAAUUUACAGUCUCUAUCCUUUUCACUGAGAGAGGAGAUGAAACCCAUCUAAUAUUAAUUCUGUCUCUUAACUUGUUAGGUCUGUCCAUGUUCCAAAAAGCGUUUAAGUGGAGAAUGUUAUGUUUUCAUUCCAUGCUGGUAUAAUGUACUGGGAUUUGAUCUUGAUGCAGAAGAAUCUUCUGUUGGAAGUGGCACAGGUAAACUUUUUCCAGGUGGUUUCCAUUAAAUUGGCCAAGACUUCAGGAGAGCAUGCUGAAACGUCUUCAGCCCAUAAUGGGACCUUCAGCCUCAUAGAAGUGUGCUUUCAUUACACUCUGGGAGCACUGUAUGCUGCUAGCAUUCUGUUGUACUAACAUUCCAGUUAAGACUAGGUUUUUAUCCUCCAGGUGGAUUCUAAUCUACCUUGUUUUUGUAAGGAGGUUUCUGUAAAGGUGGUAUCUAUGGAUACAUGCAUAAAAGCUUACUGUUGACUUGCAUAUAUGCAAGUACAGAACUGUGCUGAAUGUCCCACUAAGCAGGUGAUAGGAGCAUUCAGAAGUAAAACACAAUUUGUUUAACUUGUAAAUCCCUUCCUCCCCUCCCGCUCCCAGCUAUUAAACCUUUUGGUGCUUCCUUUUUUACUAAAGACAUUCCAGAAUGGAUACGAGAUACCAGUGAUGAUACCUGAAAUCGUGUCUCACUUCUGGUAUCUGCGACGUUGCAGAGUGAUGAAACUGGGAUAUCUCUUAGGAUGCGAUAAAUACCAAAGGUUUUCACAGUAAGGUUGGGGGAAGACAGGUGUUUUUUUUUAAAGAAGCUAUAGUAUUUGUUUGUGAUUCUAUAUCCAGUCCAGUGGGAUACUUAGCAUUUAUAGACCUUCAUUCAAUUUUCAUAUUGGCUUUGCAGUUUGUCAGUCCUCCCAUGCUGUCUUGCUUCCCCUUUGAGAAGCAGUGAACUCUUAGGACAGAGACUGGGUGAAUCAUGAGCUGAAAUGAGGUAUGGUAUGGCAUCCAUACUCUUGGCAUUUUGUGGCAGGUGUCCUGAAAGUUUUUCACCUUGUGAGGGUGGGGGAAACAUUACCUAAUCAAACUGCGAAACAUUUCCUUGAUGCCACCUGUAUAAGACCUGGUGACCCAGGAGUGUCAAUACAGAAAAGCUAUUUCUAAAGAACAUUCUUAAUUUCAAGGACUCUUCAUCCACAAAACAGUGGAACAACUUGGAUUUAUUACAGUGAAUAAUGUAAUCCUUCAAAAUAUGCAAGUACCUUAUUGAACAUUGGGUUAAACCACCACAGGAAUUAUGUACUUAAUUUUAUUAAGGGGAUUUUAUACCUAUUAUAUAGGCUUCUACUCUUUCCUUGUUGUCCAGCAUUACUCAGCAAUUUGAUAACCUAAUGCAUUUCACUCAGUGAAGCUGGACAGGAUAAGAACUUGUAGUGAUAAUUAAGAUGUGCCUUAGUAAAACAGUGGGUACAUAAAACCGGGAUGAAAGAUAGCAUACAUGGUUUGUUUCAAUCCAGCAUUAUGCAUAUUUCUAAAAAGGUGAUCCAAGAUGGCUGCUCCAAAAGAAUCUGAGAGCAGACAGGCAUACAUCACUCAGUCACAAACCUUUGAAUACCAACAAAGCUAAUGAUUUCUAUUUUGUACAGUUUUGGAAUAUAUAACCCCCCAGGACAUUCAUUCAGCCCAGGACCUGAUAGACUGAGAUCAUUUAAACUGAGUAUAUAAACUUAUUCCAAAAGGACCCUAAGUAGGCCUACCAAUAUGCUGCUGAUUGGGACAUAGAGGGAGAGGGGAAUAAAGCGUAAACUGCAAGAAUCACAGGAUGGGUUUUCACUGGGCUACAGGAAGUAUACAUUGCCUCUACCAGCAUAUGGAUAUCUUGCCAGGGAUAGGGAUAUAUGUACUUGCGUGUGUCUGUGAGCGUGUAUGUGUCUGCGCGUGUUAUUGGAAACAGCCUGUAAAUAUUGUAGCUGUGUAAAAUGGAAAAAGCUAAGGUUUUUUUGCAACCUGUUGCAUCAAAAGGACAGUAUUGACAGUGAAGAAACACUGAGAAAUAAAUUUUUUUUCACUUGU